AAAUUUUUUGCUUUCUGAUUUUCGUUUUCCCCACGAGAAAACUCGACCCUUUUUAUUUAUUUUGCUCCUCAUUCUUUCUUUCUUAUUCCAUUUUUCAUAACUCAAAUCUUCUAUUCUCUCUCUCUCUCUCUUACAAAGAGAAACCCUUUUCUCUUAUUCUCCUUAAGCACCCAGAAAAUUUUUCUUCCUAACUUGUUCUGAUUCCACCCAAAAUCCUUUCUUUUCAAACACCCUUUGCAUCCCUCUCUUCUUAUCUCCAUUAAAAAAUCCAUCUUUUUUUAAUUUUUUCUUGUUCUUGUUAUUGUCCCUCUGUUUUUUUUUCUUUUACCCUUUGGUUCUGAUCAACACCCAUUCUUUCUUUCUUGUGGUUCGGCAAAAAUCGAAUUCAAAGCUGAAAACUUUAGCCAAAAGGGUGAUUGAAUCUCAAUGGGGUUUUCGAAGAAGACGCAAGGAGACGCUGAAUCGGAAGCGAAGAAGUGGGUAAUUGCAGGAUUCUCUGUUCGUUCUUUGAAACCAAUAAACACGAAGGUAAAAGAGAGACACCAAGAAGAAGAGGAGGAGGUGGAGUUUGAGUUUUCGACGACACCGACGGCCAAGGAAUCGAGGAUACCGAAGAAGUUGGCGCCGCCUCCGCCGCCACGGAAGCGACGGCCUUCAAGGUGUCACAAUAGCAGCUUCAAUGGCGUUAGAGAGUUCUUCAACCCUCCUGAUUUGGAAACAGUGUUCAAGUGCAAAGUUGAGAAAGCUAAAUGAAAAUUUUCGAUGCUCAUUCAACUAACAACAACAACUACUACAAAGAUUUUAUCAAAUGAUAUGAAGAAAAAAAAGUGCCACCAAUGAAGCUGAUGGAUUGAGUUUAAAAGGAGUUAUGCUAUGUUUUUUUUCAUGUGUUUUUUGUAAUUUGGCUAUGAAAUCUGAAUGCUGAAUUUCUGUAUAGAGUGAAAACUUGUAGUCUUUUUUAGGGUUUAGUUUUUUUUUUGUUUCCUUGGUUUAUUUGCUUAAUUUGAUUAGGUAUUUAGGUGCUAUGUAGUUUUAGUUAGUUUAAUUUCUGUUUUGAUUUAAUGAGAAGUUUCUUAUAUUUUUUAAUUAAUUAUUAUAUAUUUUGAGUCUUCUAAUAAGCAUGAAGCAAGCAUUAGUUAUGGUAGUAGAUUUUGUCGGUGAAAUGAAGAGCAUCGAAUAUUAUUACUAUUUCUCCUUGCGUGUAUGAAAGUUUAAGGGCCAAUGGUGUUCUUGAUUUU